AUGUCUGACAACAAAGGUGCUCUCGGCGGUCUCACCGACACAGUCGGCAAGACUGGCAAAGGUCUCACCGAUACCGUAAGCAACACCGUCUCUGGCGCUGGCAAGGGAGCCUCCGACACUGUUGGCUCCGCCACCAAGGGUGCUAGCGAUACUGCCAAGGGACUCGGUGAUACCGCUAAGAGCGCUACUGGAAGCUCGGGCGGUGGUGCACCUGCUACUGGCGGUGACCCUAACCAUCUUGGUCUGUAA